AUGACCCUCACCUUGACCCUCAUCAUGACCCUCAUCAUGACCCUCCUCAUGACCCUCAACAUGACCCUCACCCUGACCCUCAACAUGACCCUCACCAUGACCCUCCCCAUGACCCUUAACAUGACCCUCAAUGUGACCCUCACCAUGACCCUCAACAUGACCUUCAGCAUGACCCUCACCAUGACCCUCAUCAUGACCCUCACUAUGACCCUCACCAUGACCCUCAUCAUGACCCUCACUAUGACCCUCACCAUGACCCUCACCAUGACCUCACCAUGA